AUACAAACGUGAGAAAAAUGAUUGAUGCAUCAAUAUUUGCAAGUUUGCAGAAGAUACCUUUUCAAACAAGAUAUUUCUUUUCUUUUAUACUGUAAGACACGAAUGAAAUACUUAAUACAUCGUUAAUACAACUAAAUAAUCAAUAUUCAUGGAUCGAUGUUGCUUGAAACAAAUAAUGCCAGGUUGUCAAGUAAUACAGUGAAUGUCAGCUGUCACAACGGGAAAAUAUUAGUUGUCGCGCGUUGUUUGUUGUAAUUUGUGUAUCAUUUGACUGCAAUGGAUUGAGUUUUAAAUGAUUAUUGUGGUUAUUACAAAUGUUUGAAAUGUUUAUGUGAAGAUAAGUGAUAUUAGACCGUAAGAAUGCCACCUACAGUUCAAACAAAUGAACCGGACAGGGAGAAACGUCCACAGCGGUCGGGCGAAAGGAGGACGGAGCUGGUGACACGCGUAAAGUACUGCAACACUCUUCCAGAUAUACCUUUUGACUUAAAAUUCAUUACAUAUCCAUUUCCCUCGACUCGAUUCAUUCAAUACAAUCCAACCUCUUUGGAAAAGAACUACCGAUAUGAGGUUCUCACGGAGCAUGAUUUGGGCGUACACAUAGAUCUCAUAAACCGUGAUAUUUAUCAAGGAGACGGUAAUGCCUUAUUAGAUCCAGCUGAUGAAAAAUUACUGGAAGAUGAUAUCCUUACCCCACAAGAUUCUAAACGGUCGCGUCAUCAUGCCAAAAACGUAUCUUGGUUGCGACGUUCUGAGUAUAUCUCUACAGAACAGACGAGGUUCCAGCCUCAGUCUAUGGAGAAGGUUGAAGCCAAAGUCGGUUACAAUGUCAAGAAGAUCUUCAGCGAGGAAACUCUAUACAUGGACAGGGAGAGUCAAAUCAAGGCUAUUGAGAAGACAUUUGAAGAUAACAAGAAACCCAUUGAGAAGCACUACAGCAAACCAGGAGUUACACCCGUGGAGGUCAUGGAAGUGUUCCCAGACUUUGACAUGUGGAAGUAUCCAUGUGCCCAGGUCAUAUUCGACUCGGACCCUGCUCCGGUUGACAAGAAUAUCGCUGGACAGAUUGAGGCUAUGUCUCAAGCUAUGAUUAGAGGUGUGAUGGACGAAAGUGGAGAACAGUUUGUGGCAUACUGCUUGCCCACAGAGGAAACAAUACAGAAACGUCGCCGUGACAUCAAUGAGAACAUACUGUACAUGGACGGAGACACUUAUGAGUAUAAGAUGGCUAGGGAGUACAACUGGAAUGUUAAAAGCAAAGCUUCUAAGGGUUACGAAGAGAAUUACUUUUUGGUGGUACGCAACCACUGCGUAUACUACAACGAGUUGGAGACCCGUGUCCGACUGUCAAAGCGUCGCGCUCGCGCCGGCGCCGCGGCGCAGGCCCUCACUAGACUGGUGGUCACACACCGACCGCUCAGUGCGGCUGAACAUCGCAUGCUGCGGCUCAGAGAGAAACAACUGGAACCUACACAGGAGGAGGAUGAAGAAGAAGAGGAAGAAGAUGACGAUGAUGAUGACAAUCAAAGACAGAACAGGGAAAAGGAUAGGUCGCGAUCCCGAUCGAAAUCAGGUUCCAAAUCGCCACAAGGAUCCGAGCGAUCAAAAGGCUCAAACAGGUCAAGGUCAGGGUCACGCGAGCGAUCCAAAUCGAAGUCCAAAUCAAAAUCCAAGUCCAGAAGCCGCUCCCGAUCUGGUUCUGGGUCGAGGAAGUCCAGAUCUCGCUCUGGAUCCGCGCAAUCUGGUUCUGCUAGGUCCGGUUCGGGUCGGUCUCGUUCCCGUUCCCGUUCCAGGUCCAAGUCCGGAUCCCGAGCCUCAUCCCGGGCGUCUUCCCGGGCUAGCUCAAAGAGCGGCAAGGGAUCGCGCGCUAGCUCAGCCAGCAGGGGAUCUAGGGCUAGCUCUAAGGCUAGUGGCAAGGGCUCUCGCACAAGUUCUCGCGCCAGUUCCCGCGCGUCAUCGCGAGCUAGCAAGCGUUCGUCCCGCGCGUCGUCGCGGGCGUCGCGAGGCUCGCGCGCUUCAUCCAAGGCGUCUGGCUCCAAGGCAUCGUCCCGGGCUAGCUCCAGAAAGAACUCCGCGUCCGGCAGCGGAUCUGAUCGGUCUAGGAGCCGGUCUGGCAGCGGGUCUAGGCGGGGAUCCCGCAGCCGCAGUGGAUCAGCGUCUAGCGCCUCAUCUCGGCACAGUGGCUCCGAUUGAAUACCAUGAAUGUGUUCACCACAAGACAAUCCAAUUUAACUUGACCCCUUCGAAGCUUACCACGACUGACACAAGAUGUACCUAUCUCUGUCUUU